AUGGAGCAAGUUGGGGAAGGCGGCCGUGGCGGCCAUCAUCAAGGCCGCUUUCGGCACAGGGGACAGGAGUACGAUGAGUAUGUGCCGCGAAGGAAAAUACAUGGGCAGCGCUGCGUUGACUUUUAUUCCUCCGCCAUUCGGCACGUGACAACGCGUCUGCUGCAUCGCAACACCCCAUACGGUUGCCAAGUGGAGCCGCACCCGUACUACUCCAAGGAUAUGCUCCCUGCUGCACAGACGCCGUUUAAUCCAAGUACCGCCCUCUGCACGCAGUGGGUAAACACGUCUUUUCACCCGGACUCGCGUGCCGGACACACGCGUGUGCCGCUCAUGAAUUUGAAAUGGGCUCCCAAUGGUCGCCGCCUGCUGUGCUCUACCGGGCGAGGUGAGUUUCUUCUCUUUAACGGUCACUCCUUUGGUCUGGAGGUGAAGACGGUGGCCCACGAAGAUCAUCGGCCGUGUCGGGCGAUAACGUGGGGAAACCAUAGCAACCUCAUCAUAAGUGGCGAUGACGCGGGCAUAGUGAAGCUUUGGCUCUCUAACUUUGUUCUUGUGGCGGUGUACAAUUCACACCACCGGGCUGUGCGGGAGGUCACCUGGGCGCCGCUGGAGGGCAAGUUCUGCACCUGCGGGCAGGAUGGGUCUGCGCGUGUGUGGGACACGAAUGCGGUGGGCACAAACCCGCAGCAGGCGAGGGAGGAGGUGAAGUUAGAGGGCCACGGCGGGGAUGUGGUGACCGUGGACUGGCACCCGUUCCAUUCACUGAUUCUGACGGGGAGCCAGGAUCGUGACUGCCGGCUGUGGGAUCCACGGACCGCGUCACGCGGAAGCAUAGCCGCCUUGCAGGGCCACGCGCAGUCGGUCAAUUGUGUGCGGUGGAACCCCAACGGCACAACGCUGCUUUCCGCGUCGAAGGACUGCACCGUGAAGCUUUGGGAUAUCCGCAUGGUGCAAGAAAUUGCCUCCUACGAGGCUCAUUCAAAGUCGGUAGAACGCGUGGAGUGGCACCCGCAGGUGCAGGACCUGUUUGUUAGCGCAGGGGCCGACGGCAACCUCAUGUACUGGCUGGUGGAUGCGUACGAGGUGAGCCAAGGGCAGGGCGGGUUUUUGCACAUCAUCCACGAAACUGCCGCAGUGGAAAGCGCCCAUGACCGGUUCCGCGAUGUUGCAAACCCGGUAAACGCCAUUGCCUGGGAUCCGUUGGGUAACCUUCUUGCCUCCUGCUCCACCGAGGUAAAGUACUGGCAUCGCAACAAGCCGGGAGCGAUGGAGGAGAAGGAGCGUGGCGAGGAGGACGACGUUUUUGACAUGGCAGACCAGCUCUAG